AUGGCGUUUGCAGCACAGUGUGCUGGCUGCAACCCGCUGUACAGCUUCUCUUCCACAUCGUGUGCAGCGAACCCUGUUUGCAUCAACACGAAUGUGACCAUCCCUCAGAAGGCAUUCAACAGUACGAAUGUAUUUGUGCCGAUUGCGACGUACAAUGGCGACCCUAGCCAAGGCGUCUUCACCUUUGAGUCUGGCUAUCUCGGCACGGGCUCGCAAGGCGUGCUGCUCGAGAUGAACAAGGGCCACGUCUCGCGUAUUGCCACGUCGCGCUACAUGCUGUUUGGCAACAUUGAGGCGCGGCUCAAGCACGACCCCCAGUCGGGCCUCGUGACGACCUUCGGCACCCUGUCGGACAUUGGCGACGCGAUCCAGUGGCAGUUUGGCGGCAAGAAUGGGUCGCAGGCAUCGGCGAACUACUUUGUGAUGAACAACCAGUCGAACCCGGUCGGCGAGCCACUGUCGCUAGGCAAGGGCUUCUCCGUGAGCGACUUCCACACCUACGGCAUCCGCUGGGCGCCUGACUCGAUCCAGUGGGUGCUCGACAACAAGACCGUGCACACGGUGCAGCGCGCCAAGGCCGGCAAGCAGUACCCCCGCUCGCCGUCGCGUGUAAUCUUUACGGCCUGGGGCGUGUCGCAGGGCACGAACAAGGCGCUGCGUAAGUGGGCGAAUGGGCCGCUGUCCUUUACCAGCUCGACGUACAACAACAUGGGCUUUUACGCACAGGAGCUGACCAAUCUCCAAAUCUCGUGUGCGAACCUCGCGCUGUCGAAUGUGACGACGACCGGCGGCGGCGCCGACGUCACCUCCUACUUUUACACCGGCAAGAACUCGACCGUCUCGGGCGAGCCCGAGUUUGAGCUGACGCGCGACCCGAUCCGUCUGAUUAGCAACCCUGCUCAGGACAGCCCUGAUGACGCGCCGGGCUCGCCAAACCUCGGCGAGAACGGGCCGAUGGCCAAUAUGUUUGCGGGCGGCACCCAAGGCACGCAGCAAAAAACCUCGACGCCGGUCUCGGACGACUCGACGAGCAACAAGGUCAAGAUCGGCGUGCCGGCCGGUAUCGGCGGUGCGGUCGUCCUGGGCCUGCUGAUUUUGCUCGGCGUGUACCUCGUGCGCCGCGCGCACAAGAAGCCGCCUCCCCCGCCCCCAAUGUCGGAAGUGGGCAGCAUGUAUGCGCCGCCCCCCCUCGGCAUCUAUUCGCCGAGCGAGCGCCAGCCGGUGCAGCAAAUAUCGCCGUACGCGAUGCCGUACGAGUCGCAGACGCACUCGGAACACAUUGCUCCGUCGCACAGCCAGGCGACGACGAUCCACAUGCCGGCCAGCGACGACACGGAGCUGUCCGACGAAAAGGAGGCGUACGUGGAGGAGCCCGUGGAGGACGUGUAUUCGGACGAGACCUCGAGCGAGCGCCACUCGUUCGACUCGGACAGCUCCAACACGCGCCAGCGCAUGCACUAUGCUGCGCGCAACGUCCGCCGCUACGACGCGCGGCUGACCAAGGAGCAGAGAGACGAGCUGGCGGCGCAAGAGGCUUGGGACGAGCUGCGGUACGCUGCGCUCGGUGACGAGAACGGGACCUACUUCCACGCGCGCAGCGUGUCCUCGCCCCAGGUCGGCUCGUCGCCUCAUAUGCGUUCGCGCGCCAAGUACUCGCGCGGCGGCGCACACGUCCCCAGUGCCUCGGUCUCUGGGCGCUCGGACCGUGCCGAUACGUCGGACUAUCGUUCGCUUGCGUCGCACUCGAGGCGGCGCUCCCACUUUCCUUCGGACGAGCUCUAG